AUGUCUGCAGGAUUCAGAAUAACGCCUGCGAUAUGGGACAAGAUACACCAUUUUGCUUCGUUUCCACAGACGGGAGUCUCUCUCCAGCAGAUGGUCUUGUUCGGUCAGAAUCCCAGCCAGGGCACCCUGCUCAAGGCUAGCCAGUUCCUAGCAGAGGAGCUACCCGUGCGCCUAGCCCACCGCGUCAAAGAACUCGACGAGCUACCGCACAACCUCAGCGCGAUGCCGUCCAUCAAGAAAGUCAAAAACUGGUACGCCCAGUCGUUCGAGGAACUCAUCACUUUCCCCCCCAUCGUGCUUCCGCCGAGCAUCCGCCAGGCGUUGAUGAUAACCAGACCGGACGAAAUCCAUCUCCCUGAAUCCAAACCCAAUCUCUUCAACGACCCUUAUUCAAAUCCGUACCAGUCCCAUGUGAACGGGAACGGCAACGGGAAUGGCUUUAACAAGCUCAAACUCCGGGUACCCAUGGAACGAAGAUAUUACGCGAAUACUAACAACAUUACCUGGCCGCCCGAGGUCCAGGAUUACAACAAGCGGUUUACCAAGCUGCUCGAGCACAUCAAGAGCCGCCACGAUCCAACAGUCACCACCGUCGCCCAGGGUGUUUUGGAGUGGAAGCGGAGUCAGAAUGCGCGCCAUAUUGGGCUCGACAUGCAGGCCUGGCUCGAUCGCUUCUACCUCUCGCGUAUAGGCAUCCGAUUUCUCAUUGGACAGCAUGUGGCGUUGAAUACACAGCAGGCACAUGCGGACUAUGUUGGAAUCAUCUGUACAAAAGCUAACGUGCACGAUAUCGUGCAAGAAGCCAUCGAAAACGCGCGUUUCGUGUGCGAAGAACACUACGCCAUGUUCAAAGGGCCGCCUGUGCAGCUCAUCUGUCCCAAAGACCUCACUUUCCCUUACGUUCCCGGCCAUCUCUCACACAUCUGCUUCGAGCUGCUUAAAAACUCACUGCGUGCGGUUGUCGAACGAUAUGGCGUCGACCAGGAAGACAACUUUCCCCCGAUCAAGGUCGUCGUCGUUGAGGGUAAGGAGGACAUCACGAUCAAAAUUUCCGAUGAGGGAGGAGGCAUCCCACGCAGUGCCAUUCCUCUCAUCUGGACGUACAUGUAUACCACUAUGGAUAGCCAGGGAAUUGACGGCGAUUUCCAGACAAACGAUUUUAAGGCUCCGAUGGCUGGGUUUGGGUAUGGGCUACCACUGUCAAGACUGUACGCGCGUUACUUUGGGGGCGAUCUACGCCUGAUAUCCAUGGACGGUUUUGGAACGGACGUGUAUAUCCAUCUGAACAGGCUGUCGAGUAGUCGCGAACCCCUGCCAUAG